AACGCUCAGCUGCCCCAGGAGUGUGGCGCUGCUCCUCGCAGGGAGAAGAGGUCCGAAUGGAGACAGAAGCCAGCCAGCCCGGCCUCGCCUCCCCGGACUCCCCGCACGAUCCUUGCAAGAUGUUCAUCGGGGGACUGAGCUGGCAAACUACUCAAGAGGGGCUGCGGGAGUAUUUCAGCCAGUUCGGCGAAGUGAAGGAGUGCCUGGUCAUGAGGGACCCGCUGACAAAGCGCUCCAGGGGUUUCGGCUUUGUCACGUUCAUGGACCAGGCCGGCGUGGACAAGGUUCUGGCCCAGUCCAGGCACGAGCUGGAUUCGAAGACGAUUGACCCAAAGGUUGCGUUUCCUCGCAGAGCACAGCCCAAGAUGGUGACCCGAACUAAGAAGAUCUUUGUGGGAGGCCUCUCUGUGAACACCACUGUGGAGGACGUGAAGCAGUACUUUGAGCAGUUUGGGAAGGUGGAUGACGCCAUGCUUAUGUUUGACAAGACAACGAACCGGCACCGAGGGUUCGGUUUUGUCACAUUUGAGAGUGAAGACAUUGUGGAGAAAGUCUGCGAGAUCCACUUCCAUGAGAUCAACAACAAAAUGGUGGAAUGUAAGAAAGCUCAGCCAAAGGAAGUGAUGUCCCCUACUGGGUCUGCAAGGGGACGGUCCCGCGUGAUGCCUUACGGGAUGGACGCCUUCAUGCUUGGGAUCGGCAUGCUGGGCUACCCCGGGUUUCAGGCCGCCACCUAUGCCAGCCGGAGCUAUACAGGCAUUGCGCCUGGCUACACUUACCAGUUUCCCGAGUUCCGGGUAGAGCGGACCCCUCUCCCGAGUGCCCCUGUGCUCCCUGAGCUCACAGCCAUCCCCCUCACUGCGUAUGGGCCCAUGGCGGCGGCGGCAGCGGCGGCGGCCGUGGUGCGAGGGACAGGUUCCACUCCAAGUCGCACCGGGGGCUUCCUGGGCACCACCAGCCCCGGGCCCAUGGCCGAGCUCUACGGGGCAGCCAACCAAGACUCGGGGGUCAGCAGUUACAUCAGCGCGGCGAGUCCGGCCCCGAGCACUGGCUUUGGCCACAGCCUAGGGGGGCCUUUGAUUGCGACGGCAUUUACUAACGGUUACCACUGAAGCUGAGGACCAAGAAAGAAAGAGAUUCCCCAGUGAGCCAACCAGGAACAGCGCUCCUGGAGGAUCUGCCCCACCUGAGGGGUGAGCCACGAUCCGUUUAGCGAGUGAAGCUGCACACGCGCGGCUGUUCCGCUGGGCUCCCGCUGCCCUGCCCCGAUCCUGCCCGCUGACCAGGAAGCACUGGAUUUGUAUGCGAGGAGACCCUUUCUCCUCUUCCUAUUAACCGCAGACCGUUUACACUUCUCCCCAGACCCUCC